AUGUCCCCAACAGACGAUAUGAACACUUCUCCUACUCCUCCCCCAUUACCGCGUUCAGCUUCCAACCCAAAGCCUAGUAAAGGUAUUCUGAAGAAUGCCCCUGCACCCCCCGGUUCCGGUGCUCAGGCUCAACAUAGUUUACAAUGGGAUGAGGAAAAUAUUGCCCUUACAGAGAUACAGAAGGACAGCUUAAUGAAGAUCACAGAGCCUAAGACUCCAUAUGUCCGCUAUAAUCCUGAGACAGAUGAGGUCGAAGGAGAUAUACCUGUAUUGGACCUCAAUGGCCGUUUCAUUUCUCCUCCAUCCCCAACCUCGCCCACCAACGCCGAUUCCUCGAGUCCCUCUUCACGCCGAACAUCCGUUUCGAGCACGGGAAGACCUCCUACCUCUGUAUCUGGUCGUUCCAGCAGUAGUGGACAGUCAAGCAGAAGCACUAGCUUUAAUCUUCCAGACGAGGCUAGGAAGUCUAUUCAAGCUGAACGUGGCGAGCAGGAAGAAGAAAUCGAGGCCGAUGAGGAAAUGGACGAAGAAACUGCAGCAAAACACGCAGCUUUCGUGCGUGCUCGUGGCCGCCAUUAUUCAAACGAGGCAGAAGCUAUGAAGCGAGCGGCCAGAUUAAUGGCAGAGGAAGACGAGGUGGAUGUCGAGGGCCUUCCAGAACUUCCAAACCGCAGCCACAACCGAUCUGAUGCCAUGAACGAAGAUGAUGAUGAUGACGAUUCUUUAGAGAAAGCGACAGGCAAAGUUAGCAUAAACGGCGCAAAUCACUGA